GCGGCGGGCUUGGGAAGGGCCCCAAGUUAAUGAGGCGUGCGCCGGCCGCCGAGCGCCUUUGCGAGCUGGGCUUUCCCCCGCGGGGCGGGCGCCAGGAGCCGCCUUUUCCGCUGGGUGUCACUCGGGGAUUGGGAGGAUGGCCCAUUCAAAAGCGCCGCGAGGAGGCCCGGCCAGUGUCCUUCAGUGAGCGCUCGCAAGAGGACGGCAGCGGCUCGGUGGCUCGCUGCUCCCGGACCUUGUGGCGCAUCAGGACGCGGCUGCCCCCCUGUCCCGAUCCGGAGCUGCCGCUGCCGUCUCUCUGUUUCCUGCGUGUUAGCCUCCUCUGUGCCCUCCGGCCGGGCGGCCGCGGGAGCCGCUGGGGCGAGGACGGCGCGCGGUUGCUGCUGCUGCCCCCGGCCCGGGCGGCGGGAAGUGGUGAGACCGAGCCGAGCGGCGGCUCCCCUUAUGCCGGAAGGAUGCUGGAGAGCAGCGGCUGCAAGGCACUGAAGGAGGGUGUGUUGGAGAAGCGCAGCGAUGGGUUGCUGCAGCUCUGGAAGAAAAAGUGCUGCAUCCUCACCGAGGAGGGGCUGCUGCUCAUCCCGCCCAAGCAGUUGCAACAACAGCAACAGCCUGGGCCGGGGCCGGCCGAGUCGUCCCAACCCGGAGGCCCCGCCGUGGCCGGCCUCGAGCCACCGGUCAAGCUCAAGGAAUUGCACUUUUCGAACAUGAAGACCGUGGACUGCGUGGAGCGCAAGGGCAAGUACAUGUACUUCACUGUGGUGAUGGCUGAGGGCAAGGAGAUCGACUUUCGGUGCCCGCAGGACCAGGGCUGGAACGCCGAGAUCACGCUGCAGAUGGUGCAGUACAAGAAUCGCCAGGCCAUCCUGGCCGUGAAGUCCACGAGGCAGAAGCAGCAACAUCUGGUGCAGCAGCAGCCUCCGCAGCCACAGCCGCAGCCGCAGCCGCAGCUACAGCCUCAACCCCAACCCCAGCCUCAGCCCCAGUCCCAACCCCAGCUGCAGCCCCAAGCCAAGCCUCAGCCCCUGCCGCUCCACCCGUACCCUCCACAGCCUCACCCGCACCCCCAUCCGCACCCGCACCCGCAUCAGCUACCACACGCGCACUCGCACCAACUCCCACAUCCACACCAACAGCCGCUCUCGCAGCCGCUCGGCCACCGGCUUCUUCGCAGCACCUCCAACUCUGCCUGAAGAGGGCAGCACCGGGGCCAGACAAGUUUUGAGGACUUGAGGAAGUGGGACAAGCACAUUUCUAUUGUCUUCACUUGGAUCGGAAACAAAACUGUCUCUCCCCCCUUCUCCCCCGCACCAGAUCAAGUACUUUGGACAUCACCCGACUUUGUGAUUCCUUUAGUUUUGUGCAAACUCUUGAUCACAAUGCAGAAAACGAUUCGGAGUCCAGAAGGCUUUUAUUUAUGAACAUUCGAAAGGAUCUUCCAGUAUGGUGGACCUUCUAGGAGCGAUGAUGUACUGUAAUUUUAUUUUAACGUAUUUUGAUUUAUGGUUAUUUAUUAGUUUUUUUUUUUUUAAAUACUUGUUCUAAGACAUUUCUGAAUGUAGGCCAUUUUCCAAAAAAGAAACUCAUUUUCAAAAACUUAUUCUCUAGUAAGUUUCAAUCUUGGAAAAGAAAAAAGUGAAAGGGCGGUGGAGGGGAAAACAUUAAGAAUCCAUUCAUUAUUUCUGGGGCAUUUUGAGAAGAUCUGACACUUUAUUGUUAUCCAGGUGGUUGAAAUUAAAACUCUGUGAUAUUA